AUGUUCUCCAUCUCUCCUGUUUCAGGGAAGAUCCUGUUCCGCCGGAGUCACAUCCGAGAUGUAGCAGUCAAACGCCUGAUCCCUAUUGAUGAGUACUGCAAGGCUCUGAUCCAGUUGCCUCCCUACAUCUCCCAGUGUGAGGAGGUUCUCCAGUUCUUUGAGACGAGACCUGAUGACUUGACACCCCCCAAAGAGGAGCCCAUUGGAAAGAAGAGGUCUGGAGCUGACUCUGCCUCGGUCGACCCCUUGGUGCUGGAGCAGUAUGUCGUGGUGGCUGACUACCAGAAGCAGGAGAGCUCCGAGAUCAGCUUGUGCGUGGGCCAGUUGGUGGAUAUCAUUGAGAAGAACGAAUCAGGCUGGUGGUUUGUGAGCACGUUGGAGGAGCAAGGUUGGGUACCAGCGACCUGCCUGGAGGCUCAGGAUGGUGUCCAGGAUGAGUUCUCCAUGCAGCCUGAUGAAGAGGAGAAGUACACCGUGAUUUACCCCUACACUGCAAGAGACCAAGAUGAGAUGAACCUGGACAAAGGGGCUGUGGUGGUGGUGAUCCAGAAGAACCUGGAGGGCUGGUGGAAAAUCAGGUACCAGGGCCAGGAGGGCUGGGCCCCUGCCUCCUACCUGAGGAAGGGCAAUGGAGACAUGUUCUCCCAGAAGCUGGGGUCAGGCUCCUCUGCUCACUCCUGUGCCUUGGAUCUGGAUGGCCUGUCCCGGCAGCAGCCUGUGGCCAGCAGGGACAAGGACGGGCUUGGUGGCCCAAGGGACAGCAGGUUCGACCCCCGGGCCCUGCCCGGUGCUGACAGCCGACGCAAGUCACCAAAGAUGAGGCAGAGACCACCUCCUCGCCGAGACCUCACCAUACCACGUGGUCUGAAUCUGCCUAAACCUCCUGUCCCUCCUCAAGUGGAAGAGGAGUAUUACACCAUUGCUGACUUCCAGACCACCAUUCCUGAUGGCAUCAGCUUCCAGGCAGGAAUGAAAGUAGAGGUUAUUGAGAAGAACCUGAGUGGCUGGUGGUACAUCCAGAUUGAGGAGAAGGAAGGUUGGGCUCCUGCCACCUUCAUUGAUAAGUACAAGAAAACCAGCAAUGCAUCCAGACCAAACUUCCUGGCUCCCCUUCCCACCGAGAUGGCUCAGCUCCGGCUCAGUGACGCCGCGGCCGACAGCAGUGCCAGUGAGGAGGCCACGGGUCCAUGCCGACCUCUUCCAGAGGCUCCUCCCAACGGGAUGGACUGCACUGGGAGGUGGCCCAAAGACUGGAAGGCUCCUGAGAGUGGGGACCUGUCAUUUGCUGGGGGCUAUGAAGAGAUCUCAGAGCGUGACACGGAGGAGAAGCCCAGCCUGCCACCCAGGAAGGAGUCCAUCAUCAAAUCAGAAGGUGAAUUACUAGAGAGGCAAAGACCUCCCCCCAAGCCUCCAGGCAUGAUUUUGCCAAUGAUUCCACCCAAGCAGUCAGCAGCCCCCAAGGACAGCAAGAAGCCAGAGCUCAAACCAGAGAAGGCUAAACUCUUCCAGCUGAAGAACGAAAUGGGACUGGAAUGUGGCCAUAAGGUGUCAGCCAAGGAGGUGAAAAAGCCAAACCUGAGGCCCAUUGUCAAGCCAACCAAGCCAAAAGCUGAGCCUGUGGAGGACAAACCUGAGCCAAUCACCCAGAAUCCCUUCUUGAAGUCAAGACCUCAGAUCAGGCCAAAACCUGCUGCAUCCCCCCGGACUGACCCACCUCCAGCUGAUGACAAACUGGACAUUUGCAGCCUGAGGAGCAAGCUGAGACCUGCAAAGUGCCCUGAGAAACCCUCUGAGCAGGACACCACUGCUGGAGAAAGCUUCAGCAAUGUCAUGGUGUCUGCAGAGGUUUCUGGAAGGUUCCUGGAGCGACCAAGCACAGAGAGCAAACCCCUGCCCAAGCUGGACAGCCAUGCCACAAAGGAAGUGCUGCCCAAAUCUCCCUUGGGCCCAGCAAACCCUCCAUGUGCCAGGGACACCCCACCACAGCGCCCUGUUGUGCCACCUCGCAGGCCACCACCCCCCAAGAAAACAGGCGGUCCUGGCUCCAACCCCACAGGGGAGCUGAGGGCUCCAGCACGGGAAGCACCUGAGAUCAGGUCAUCCAUGGUGCCAGGGAGGCCUAUGCUGGUUCCUCCAAAAGCCAAACCAUUCCUCUCUGCCUCCAUCCAAGAUGAAGCCAAAGCGAAAAGCAGCAUAAACCCAAAGGUCAUAUCCAAACCAGUGGAGAGAGGGGAAGCCAAGGAGAGGUCCUCAACCCCCAUCUCCAGCAUGGACAUCACCAGGGAAGCUCUCUACGUGGCAGUGGCAGAUUUUGAAGGCGAUGAGGAGACCAACAGCUUUAAGGAAGGGACUUUGUUUGAAGUUCGUGAGAAGAACAGCAGUGGUUGGUGGUUUUGCAAGGUCCUGGCUGGGGGACCAUGCUGGGAGGGCUGGAUCCCUUCCAACUACCUCCGGAAGAAGCCAUAG